AUGUCGCACUCAAGCGACUGUGAAUGCCCUGCACAGCGAGAGCUCAUCCUCUGCUUCGACGGAACAGGGAAUACGUUUCGGGCUGAUGGAUCGGAGAGCAACAUCCUCAAGAUCUUUCGUAUGCUGGACCGAAAGAAGGAAAAUCGAUUUUGUUACUACCAGCCCGGUAUAGGAAAAGAAACCACUCCCGGAACGUUCGCCAACGCCGCCCUUCGUCCAUUCAACAACCUUCCCACGCACACGAUUUUCGAGCAAGCCUUCGCCUCGUCUUUCGACGAACAUGUCUUCAGCGGGUACAAAUUCCUCGCACGUCGAUGGAAGCCUGGCGCGAAGAUCUACCUCUUCGGCUUCUCUCGCGGGGCAUACACGGCACGGUUCCUCAACGAGAUGCUUGAUUUUGUAGGUCUUUUAUCCGCCGACAACGAGGAGCUGAUCCCCUUUGUCUGGCAAGCCUUCACAUCCUGGAAGUUUGCGCCGCCCGGAAAGGAGCGCGACGACGCCGAGGCCAGUCUGCGAAUCAGUCGUGACACGCUCUGUCGGUCGAUCGGCUGGGUGGAUUUUCUCGGUCUCUUUGACACUGUUAGCAGCGUCGCCAGUAUUAAUUGGGACUUCGACACGUCAAACCCCAUUCAGCCCAACCCGAGGACAAUGCGUCACGCUGUGAGUAUCGACGAGCGCCGCAUUAAGUUCCAGCCCGUGCUCUUCCAGGAUGCGCGCCACCGGCGCGGCGAGACGAGGCUCCCUCGCGUGAGUACCUGGGCAGCGCGGUCAAACUCUGAUCUGAUGAGCCAGGCGCCCUUCACGUUGAAUCCGGACUUCGAGGAGGUGUAUUUUUCCGGCGAUCACAGCGACGUCGGGGGCGGAUGGGCUGCAGACAAGUGGCCCGUCAGUCAGAUUCCGCUCAUGUGGAUGGUCCAGGAGGCGUCGCUGGCCGGCCUCACGUUUGAACACCGUCAAAUGACGCAGAUGGGAUGCUUCGAUCCGCACACCGAGGAGUAUGAUGCUGACAUUGUACGGAGGGCGGCGAGUGCUGAGCUCCACGACUCGCUGCAUUACACCGAUCCCGGCAAGACGCUGGAGACGAUGUUUUGGCGCGUCCUGGAGUGUUUCCCCUUCAAGAGGCCCAAGGUCUCGCCCGACGGUUCCGUACAGGAUAGUCGAUGGCAUGCGCGAGGGCAGCGACGCCCGUUGCCGGAGAACGCGAAGAUCCACGGUAGCGUGCUCUAUCGCUUGAAACACGAUCCUGAGUAUCGGCCGUACAAUCUGGGACUCGGCAACAGGGGCGUCGGCGACGACGGACGUGUGGAUAUUGGUGAGUGGCAGCGCGUGUCACAUCAAGGCCUGUGCGAGUAUUACAUUCGCAUCUUUGAGGGGAGAGACACGACAGAUGAGAAUCGGGAGCGUGAGCGAGAAAGACGGCAAACGGCGGACGAGAGACAGCAAGAGGAGGAACAAAUUCGCGAGAUCAAUCGGGGGAGAUUGAGGCAUGAACAGACUGUAUAA